AGCGAGCAAAUCGACACACGUCAGCUUGAGAACCCGAGCGGCCAGUGUCAGACAGCCGAGAAGAAGCCAGAGAUAAGUGCCCGUUAACCGCUCGCGCAUGUCAACUGCUUCAGGGUUUAAAACAGGUAAUCGCAGUUAUGGAGGGUUAUUAUAUUCAUGUUGCAAACAAACUCCAUUCAACACGAUUAGGCACCAAUGUCAAGCCUAAAAUAUGUGAUGUCCGCGAACUGAAGACUGCAUGUUUUUGGAGGGCGGUUUAUGCCGAGUUCCUUGGGACGCUGCUGCUGACGUUUGUUGGGUCUGCAUCUGUGCUCUUUGAUGGCAACAAAAUUACGAUUUCUAUGACCUUUGGCCUCGCUAUCAUGACCUUGAUACAGAUGAUCGGUCACGUGUCUGGAGGCCACGUCAACCCCGCCAUCACCAUCAGCUUCGUGGUGGCUCAGAACAUCUCCGUCAUCCGGGGACUGUUGUACAUCCUGGCCCAGUGCUGCGGAAGUAUCGUCGGUGCAUACAUUUUGAAGGCCGUCACACCUGAGCUGCACCGGGGCUACCUGGGUGCUGCGUACGUCAACACCGACCUCGGGAUAACGCAGUUCCAGGGGGCGGUCGUGGAGUUCUUUCUGGCCUUCACCCUCAUCAUGACCAUCCACGCCACAAUUGACCCCAACAAACCCAACAUGGGAAGUCACUCUCUGGCCAUAGGUCUGACUGUCGGCAUGCUGCACUUCUCAGGGAUCACCUACACCGGAGCCAGCAUGAACCCCGCUUGGUCCCUUGGGCCAGCAGUCGCCAUCAACUUCUGGAAGGACCACUGGGUAUACUGGGCAGGGCCAAUACUUGCGGGGACGGUGGCAUCUCUCGUUUACAAGUAUACCAUCAACCCCUAUAGAGGUGUACCCACGAUGGAAGAAGCCGUGAAAACACUGCUUCAAGAUCGGUCGUUCAUCGUUGUGCCACGAGACUACGUCAUGGUCGAAAAGAAGGACGACAUUGACGAUUUCACUCAACUGUGACGUCACUUCCUGGUUGUCACAUAAUGGAUGAAUUAUGGAUUGCACUUAAACUGUCAAUUACGUCAUCGGCAUGGCAUUCUGUAACGGAUGUACCGUAUAGUUUCUAACAAACUAAUAUUUUUUAACCAAGGGGGCUUCCCUGUGUGAGUUAAUCGGGUUUCGCAAUCGGAGAGUCUCUUUUACCCCUGACGUCAUCCCGGGGGCCCCUUGGGCACGCCAUCCCAGUUCGCCGCGAUUAUAUUUCUAGGGUCAGCAAUAUAAACGUUCGACACCUUCAUCACUUCGGGCUUUCCUCCCACUGUAAGCUUACACGUCCUGAUAUAACUUGAAUCCUGUUAAAACCAACUCACUCACUCACUCACUGACGUCAUGACAGUCACGAUGCAGUACAUAUCCUGAUGUACCCUAUUUUCGAACAGUUAAGAUGACAUUGCUGAUAUUUCGAGGGAUGAGCGAAUCAAAACUCAAAUUCUGCUUCACACCAGUAGGUGAUGUCUUCAAAAAUAGAAUUCAGCUCAAUUCCGAAAUAAAAACAAUCCUCGAUAAACGUUUUGGGGGGCUUUUGGUUUGGUUUGUUGUUUAACGCCGCACUCAGCAAUAUUCCUGCCAUAUGACGGCGGUCUGUAAAUACAACCAGACAAU